AGAAUUUUUAGAACCCAGUUGUUAAUCUGGAGAUUUUUCAAAUUUUUAUAUCUCCAUUCUGAAUUGUUAUUCAUUUCCAACCGUUUGAUUUUGUAUUGCUUAUUAAAAUGCAAUUAAAAGCGUCCGUUAUUUUCAUCGUUUUCACGCUGGGACUGUGCACGAUCGGGAGUAGCCUCCAACACGAUGAUAUACUCAUUGCCGUUGGCGAUCAACUUGGAUUUCUAACCAAUGGAAGCUUGUACCGCACGCUGACGUUAGAUUCUUUCAAUGCAUCAAAGUUGUCAGCCCUAACGUACGAUGCCACAACACGGAAGUUAUUCUUCUCCGAUCGACGACAUCGAAACGGUCACAUUUUCAGUAUCAAACUUGACAACGAAGCACGUCAUACUGUGGAAGAUAUCGUCAAAAAAAACAGCAAUGAAACUGUGGAGAGUUUGGCGUACGAUCCUGUAGAUCAAAUGCUAUUAUGGACCGAUGGAUUUAAUCGAUCCAUCCGUCGUGUUCAAGUCGAUCACGACAGCGUUCACGUUGAAGAGAGCGCAACUGUUGAGAUUGUGCAUUUCUUGGACAAAGAAGAUAAACCACGUGGAUUGGUGGCCGAUCCGUGCACCAGAAAUUUAUAUUGGACAAACCGGUACAUGUCCCACCCGACUAUUGAACGUUCGUUUCUCAAUGGAAGUCAUCGAGAAGUUCUCAUUAAGACUGAUUUGUUGUUGCCCAACGCACUCGACCUGGACGUGCAAGAACAGAUGUUGUACUGGGCUGACAAUCACCGCAAGGGCUACUUUAGCAUCGAAAGAAGCUUCGUGAAUGGCACGGGAAAACAAGAAAUUUAUCGAGGAAUCGGCCAGUUUGUCGUCAGUCUAGCAGUGGGCACUGAUUACGUGUACUGGAGCGACUACGAUCACAAACACAUUUGGUCUUUACCCAAGGAUGGAUCUUCUAAGAAUCCCAUCAUACUCCGCACAUUCCGUAAUCCAGUAAUGGGCGUCACAAUCUUUCGUCAUCAACCUUAUGAUUGCAGAGUAGUUUCUGUUCCAAUUGAAAAUUCUGAACUGCCUGUCCAGCAAGAACAGCUAUCCAAAUACGACGAUGCUGAUUUGUGUUUAGGUUUUUGCUACAAUAACGGGGACUGUAUUCUUGUUAAUUCCGAUUUACGUUGCAGUUGUCCGGUCGGAUUCAGCGGCGAACGAUGUGAAUUAGAGUCUGGCAAAAAGGAUUGCGAAACUUUCGUUGACAGCAAUCAAUUCCAGAUAAUAUUUCUGAUAUGCAUAAUUAUUACGUGCGUGAUCUUGCUCGUUAUUGCGGUGAUGCUCAGUGUUCAAUUUAUGAAGUUAACGCGUGAGAAGCAACCCCGAGUGUUUCGAAGGAGGUUUCUGGCACGCCCUAACAAAAAUGAAAACACUUUGCCAGUUCAUGAUUUGGAGGAUUGCUGCAAUUCAUUCGCCAUGUGUGAAAGGCCGUGUGCCCAGCAACAGAACGUAAACGCCACAGCAAAGGAGUUAGGCUGGGAAAACAAUGGGGCGGAUUGUUCUGUUCUGCUCAAAUGUGAAUUUUGAUAUCGAUCGAGGAUUCAUUGCUAUUCCGUCAAUGAAUACCAUGAACAUGCAUAGAAUUUUAUCAUUGUAAACUAUCAUCGUUCAUUUGUGUCGCCAAAGUGUUUCUCAUUGGAUUACUUUUG